CUCCCCUCCUCCCCUCUACCAACCAAAGCGAAGCGACCCUCCCCUUCCAUCCUCCCUCCUCCGGCCACCGCGGCGAGAGGUUCCCGAUGGCGCCAACGGUGGAGAUCAGCCACCUCUCCUUCACCUACCCGGGCAUCGACGGCCGCCCGCCGCCCGGCGCGCCGCCGCUCAUCGAGGACGUCUGCUUCUCCCUCGACGCCGGCCACCGCUGCCUCCUCCUCGGCUCCAACGGCGCGGGUAAGACGACGAUACUGAAGAUACUUGGCGGGAAGCACAUGGUGGAUCCGAGCAUGGUGCGGGUCCUGGGCAGGUCGGCCUUCCACGACACGGCGCUCACCUCCUCCGGCGACCUCUGUUACCUAGGUGGCGAGUGGAGGCGCGACGUUGCCUUUGCGGGCUACCAGGUAAACAUACAGAUGGACAUCUCAGCAGAGAAGAUGAUAUUUGGUGUUGCUGGCGUUGAUCCUCAAAGGAGAGAUGGGCUUAUCAAGAUAUUGGAUAUUGAUCUUGCCUGGCGCAUGCAUAAGGCAUCCGAUGGUCAAAGGAGACGAGUCCAAAUUUGCAUGGGGCUUCUCAAGCCAUUCAAGGUUCUUCUUCUUGAUGAGAUCACAGUCGACCUGGAUGUGUUGGCCAGAGCAAAUCUAUUGACAUAUCUAAAGAAGGAAUGCGAAGAACGGAGUGCUACAAUCAUCUAUGCUACACAUAUUUUUGACGGACUUGAUGAUUGGCCAACACACAUUGUGUACAUUGCCCAUGGGAAGUUGCAACUAGCACUCCCUUUAGAAAAGGUGAAAGAAAUGAGCCAGUUAUCUCUCAUGAGAACAGUGGAAAGUUGGUUGAGGAAAGAGAGAGACGAGGACAGGCGGAGAAGAAAGGAGCGGAAGGAGAAGGGCCUCCCAGAAUUUGACAAGUUUACUGAGGGGAGCCGGGUUAUAGGUGAUCCCGUUGCCAGAGCGGUGAACAAUGGGUGGGCAGCAGGAAGGCUCGCCUCAACGGUCGCUGGUGAAGAGAACUUCAUUUUCAGCUCUAACAGCGUUCUUAGGCAAUAAACUUAUCCUGUAAUUUGGCUUUCUAUUGAUGAAUAACGAUCCUAUAGAUCAUACCACACCACAAAACAACACAACACAACACAGGAGUUUGGCCAGGAACAUGCUAACAGCAACGUUCUUGUGUGUACACACAGAGAGAACUGAGAUUAUUACAAAUAUUUUUCCUUGUAUGUAUAUGACUCGUAAUUUCGGUUCCAUGAUCUGAUACUAGUUGCCGCGUAAGUCAGUUUAUUGUAUAUCUGAUUUAUUUUCCUUGAUAAUGUGCAUAUACCCAUUAUUUAUAUUU